AUGGAACUUCCCAGUUAUGGCUGGCAGCUGCUGCCCCAGUUGUACACUCUCUGCAAGGAGCAGCACUUCUGUGACUGCACCAUCUUCACUGGGAAUGUGCAUUUUAGAGCACACAAGGUGGUUCUGGCUGCUGCCAGCCUGCUGUUUAAAUCCCUGUUGGACAGCACAGACACCAUCUCCAUUGAUGCUUCUGUGCUAACACCUGAGGAGUUUGCACUCUUACUUGAGAUGAUGUACAGUGGCAAACUCCCACUGGGGAAAUACAAUUUCACAGUUAUCUCUGUGGCAGAUAGUCUGCAGAUGUUUGAUGUGGCUGUUAGUUGCAAAAACCUCCUCAGGGAUCUCAUAAGUUGUUCUGCUCAGGACCAGGUAGUGAGAGGAGUCUCCAGCCAGGAAGCAGAUUCAUCUGGAAACCAAGCUGAAGCUAAUUACCUGCCCCAGUCUGGAAGACCUGAUGAAGGAAAAACAUUUAUCAUCCUCACUCAGAGAGUCUCUCCUUUAGCUGGUCCUGUAGAAGCAGAAAUGGAAGCAGGUGUUUCUCCUCCUGGCUAGGAACUUACUGUGAAUCAUGCCUGGGUUCACCAGGACACAAUGUCAAGUGACUCCAGGUCCUUCCAGGAGGAUUCAGGCUCUGGCCCUGACCAGCCUGCCCAUGCUGAGUGGAGUGGCUGGAUGGAAGAGGAGCUUGCUGAGCCUCCAGAGGGGAAAGGGCGAUUGAGGGAUUUAGAAGCAGAGAGCAAAAGCUGUAAACUGGAUUUCUUUGUUCAAUAUGAAAGUGUUUUCUCUGAGGCUCUUUCUGAUGCCCAGGCUGUGCUGAAAAGACUCUAAGAGUGCAGAGAACUUUAUGCCUCUCAAAAGGAGGCUCUGGCUGCCUGUCUGGCCAAGGCAGAGGAACAGUCAGUGUUCAAGAAGCUGCUGGUCUAAGUGAAGGAUGCUCACACCCAGGAUAGUGACACUUGGGACGCUCGGCUGCUGGACACUCAGACCCUCGUGUCUUUUCUGAAGCUGUUUCAAGACACAAAUCCUGAGCUGAGAGUGGCUUUGCUGGAGAGGGAACAGGGCAGUGGAGAAGCCUCACAGCAAGCAGAGAGCACAGCCAAGGAAGAGCUGACCGCUCGCUUGCUGUGCUGCCGGGAGGAGCUGAUCCAGAGCGUGACACAGCUGAGCCCCAUCACAGCUUUGGAGGCAGUAGAAGAGGGAUUCCUGACUGCCUCAGAGAAGAGAGUAGUUUUAGAUUGCUGUGAAGGCAUCUCUCAGAGGGAAGCCAUGGACAAUCUGUUCAGGAAGGUGGAUGAAGAGAAAACCCUUAAAGUGAAGCUUCUGGGGACUCUGAAUGCAUCGUUCCCUGGAUUCCAGCUUCUGCUGCACGAUGUGGUGGCAGCAGCAAACAUCUCUGGUGAUAAGGGUAUGAGUAAACUAAACUUCCAUUGGAGGAAGAGAGCAGCAGAGCUCUCGGGAGAGAGGCUGGCAGAGUUCAUGGCAUUUUGCGUGUCUGGCAGCAAGUGCAUGAGUGACCCUGCUCAAAUGUUGCACAUCUUGAAAGGCUCCCAUGUACGAACAGAUGUGUUGGGAGGAAAGCAGUGGAUUCUGUCCCAGAGGCUGGUGAAGUUGGAAGCUGUUCCCCGUUUUCUGACUUUGUGGGAGCUGGGAGUUGUGGAAGUCCUGCACAAGCUGUGGGAGUGCUCUGCAAGACCCUGUGUGGACAUAUCCUCAGCAGACUGCCAGAUGCUUUUGGGGAAAUGGCAGAGUGCCUUUAACGAACUGGGAAGUGACAUCCCAAGGAGGAUGUUAGAUCAGACAGUGAGAUCUGAGGCAUGUCCCCAGGAGAUGGGCUCAGAAACCUUCUGCCCUGGAAAGGAGUUGGCUGGCUGA